GCUACCUGGAGUCGGAUAUUUACAUUCCGGGUCAGAGGGCGACCGGCGGCUCUUCAACUUCCGGGGCGGGGCUGGCGCGCGGAGUGUGUUUCUGUCUCUCCCCCGCCUUCCCCCUCUCCUCCCCCCCUUCCCCGGCCUGCCGGAGCAGCAGAGGCGGCAGUGGAGGCGGCACCGGCAGGAUGAGCGGAUCACAGAGUAAUGAUACUAAAAGACAGUUUCUGCUAGAACGGCUACUGGAUGCGGUUAAACAGUGCCAAAUCCGCUUUGGAGGGAGAAAGGAAAUAGCAUCAGAUUCUGAUAGCAGAGUGACUUGUCUGUGUGCCCAGUUUGAAUCUGUGUUACAGCAUGGCUUGAAGAGGAGUCGUGGAUUAGCAUUAACUGCGGCAGCAAUCAAACAGGCAGCAGGAUUCUCUAGCAAGACAGAGACAGAACCUGUGUUCUGGUACUAUGUGAAGGAAGUCCUGAAUAAGCAUGAACUACAACGCUUCUACUCCCUGAGAAACAUCAGCACAGAUGUGGGAAGAGGGCGAGCUUGGCUACGUUGUGCCCUCAAUGAACACUCCUUGGAGCGCUACAUCCACAUGCUGUUGGCAGACAAAAUUAGACUGAGCAUUUUCUAUGAAGAUUGGGCUUUUGUGAUGGAUGAAGAACGGUCUAGUAUGCUCCCUACCAUGGCAGCCGGUCUGAAUUCUAUACUCUUUGCAAUCAAUAUUGACAACAAGGACCUGAAUGGGCAGAAUAAGUAUACACCAACUGUAUCUGACCUCCUAAAGGAGUCUACUCAAAAUAUGACCUCCUUGCUGAAAGAAUCCACUCAAGGUGUCAGCAGCCUUCUUCGAGAGAUCACAGCAUCUUCUGCUGUCUCCAUCCUAAUCAAACCCGACCAGGAAUCUGACCCUUUACCAGUUGUAUCUAGAAAUGUCAAUACUGAUUCAAAAUAUAAAAAGGAUAGAAAAAAGAAAAAGAAGGUGACUAAUAUAAUUUCAUUUGAUGAUGAGGAAGAUGAGCAAAACUUUGGGGACAUUUUAAAAAAGACAGGUGGAACAGGAGAAAGUUCAGAAGAGAAUUCAGAUCGAUCAUCAGUUAAUAUCAUAUCCACUUUUGAAAGUCCCUUUGGGCCAAAUUCUAAUGGAAGCCAGAGUAGCAACUCCUGGAAAAUUGAUUCUAUGUCUUGUAAUGGGGAAUAUGGAUACCAGAAGCUGGAUGUGAAGAGCAUUGAUGAUGAAGAUAUUGAUGAAAAUGAAGAUGAAGUUUAUGGAAAACUACUUGGGCAAAAAAGCAUGGAAGAUCACAUUGAAGUUUCUGAGAAGCCCCUGGAUGGUAACACCUGUCUUUCACAAAUGCACAGCUGGGCCCCCUUGCAGGUGCUUCAUGGUGAUUCUGAUGUUCUUUUUCCUCUCAGUGGAGUGGGAUCUUAUUCCCCAGCAGAUGCCACCUUAAAUAAUCUGGAAAAUGGCAAUGGACCCCAGAGCAGCAUUCUCACUGGGUCUGAAAAUCAAUACAGUGUAGAAGCCAGUCCUCCAGUCCAAGGAAGUCCCUUAAACAGCCUCUUGUCUACCACACCUGUGCCAGAAUCAAUGACAAUUAGUGAACUGCGUCAAGCUAUUGUGGCUAUGAUGAAUAGAAAGGAUGAACUGGAAGAAGAAAACAGAUCAUUACGGAACCUGCUUGAUGGAGAGAUGGAACAUUCUGCAGUGCUCAGGCAAGAAAUUGACAACUUGAAACGAAAAGUGUCAGAACAGGAGGAACGACAUGUAGCAAAGAUACAGGCAUUGGCAAGAGAAAAUGAAGUGCUGAAAGUACAACUGAAGAAGUAUGUAGGAGCUGUCCAGAUGCUGAAAAGAGAAGGACAAACCACUGAAGUUGUGCCAAAUCUUUGGAACAUUGAUGGAGAAGUUACAGUCCCUGAGCAAAAACCUGUAGAAGUCAAUGAGGAAUUAGCAAGCUCCUAUGAAAGAAAGCUCAUAGAGGUGGCAGAAAUGCAUGGAGAACUUAUCGAAUUCAAUGAGCGACUUCAUCGAGCUCUGAUUGCUAAGGAAGCUCUUGUAUCCCAAAUGAGACAGGAACUCAUUGAUCUUCGAGGACCAGUGCCUGGAGAUUUGAGUCAAACAUCUGAAGACCAAAGUUUGUCAGAUUUUGAAAUAUCGAACCGAGCUCUGAUAAAUGUCUGGAUUCCCUCUGUUUUUCUUCGAGGGAAGGCUGCUAAUGCAUUUCAUGUAUAUCAGGUCUAUAUCAGAAUAAAGGAUGAUGAAUGGAAUGUAUAUAGAAGAUAUGCAGAAUUCAGGAGUUUGCAUCACAAGUUACAGAACAAAUAUCCUCAAGUGAGAGCCUACAGUUUUCCACCUAAAAAGGCCAUUGGAAAUAAGGAUGCCAAGUUUGUAGAAGAGAGAAGAAAACAACUACAGAAUUACUUAAGAAAUGUUAUGAACAAAAUAAUUCAGGCUGUCCCUGAGUUUGCAGCCAAUCCCAAAAAAGAGACUCUUAUUCAGUUGAUGCCAUUUUUCAUUGACAUUACACCUCCUGGAGAACAAGUGAGCAAAAACAAUCGGACCAGAGUGGCUUCACGUUUCCCUAAGUUAUCCCGGAAUCAUCCAAGAGAGCCCCGCAACGUGGAACCACAGAGUGGUGACCUCUGAUCCUUUUGUAGGCUUCCAGAUGCUGGUGCUGUGUACUUUUCAAACUGGCCCAGUGCUUCUGACCUGUCUGAGGCAGCUGGCUCCUUAGCCUCAGAGGAAAAAUCAGUCAUGCUACAUUAAUCCUGGAAAAAGGACACCAUCCACACAGUGAUUUCUCACUCUAAUUAAAUAGGUCACCCAGAAGGCAGCACGUGCUCAUUGUCCUAAAGAAAAAGGUUCCUCACCUGGAGAUGCAGUAGCAUUGUAACUGAUUUCCCCUUGACUGCUGCCUAUUUGCAUUCAAAUUUUCCCAGCUGUGCCUGUCCCAGGCAGUCUGAAAUUCACUGCCCUUGGCCUCUUGCAGGAGACACAUAAUGCAGCAGGUGGAAAGUGCAGGGAGCACCAGGUCAAGAGACCAGAUGCUUUUGUUUCUGAGGUGCACAACUGAGAUUUUUAUCACUUUGUCAGAAAGCUAUGAUUGAAAACAACCUUUGACUUUUUUCCUUUGGGGAGAAAUAGGAUGACUGUUAUUUUGUUUUUUCUAUGUAACUACUACCCAUAGGCUCCUUGCUAUCAUUUGGGGGCUCUCUGUGUAUGUUAAAAAUACAUCAAUCAGAAUAGUACAAAUGACCCAAAUAGCUUUUUCCAGGCAUCUCUUUUCUAAUGGUAUAUCUUAUGACUCCUUUGGGGAAGCGCCUAGUAAGUCCAAGAUUUUGUUGGCUUUUUAUUUUAAAAAUAAUUCCUUUGUUUUUGCCACAGAUUGGGGAACAGCCCUAAAUAUAGGUCUUUCCCCAAAUAAGAUUGAACAGUUUAAUAAGAAAGUUAAUACCAAGGUAAUCUAGCCUUGAAUGGAGUUCUGAGCCUUUUGUUGGGUCCCAUGACAGGUUGUCAACUCAGCUGUUACAGAAUUCCUCUAUAGCAUUAAAACUGAAGCCUUUUGGGGCAUUCUUUUGUCAUUCAAUAUAUGAGAUAGGUUAGAAAUGGCAAAAAGACUCGAUCUUUGUAGAAAAAAUAUAUCUUGUGCCUUAGGGUAACUCAGAGGCUGAAAAAAUCAGUUAGGGGUUGAGUUCUUGGGCUUCCAUACCGUACUGCUCAUCUCACUGGCUAUUUAGGACCUAAAUAUUUUUGGCCCUCAUUAUUCACCUUUCUCCCUUCUCCACAAAAUCAUGGUUUGUUUUUUUUCCCCCUCUUUUUCGAAAUGUAGGUGUUUUUAGUAGAUUUUCCCUUGCCAUAUUUUCAUUUGGAGACCCUCCCUUGUUUUCCCAUCAUUGAAAACACAUUUGGUUUAGAUAUCAGAUUAGGGAAAGUGGUAUCACCUACCUGGAACUUGGGAAAAAAAGAUAAGAAUUUCAUAUGUGGCCUCAACAGUUAGGGAAAAAGGACCAAAAACAAAGAAAUGUAACCUCCAUCAACCAAAUAUAACUUUAUUUUCAUGGUGCUCUGUACUUAAAUGAGACAGUCUCAUAAUGCUAUGAGUUAAUAUGAUGCCAAAAUAUACAAAGAAUAAAUCAAUACAUCCUAAACAAAAUCAUGAGAUGAUCCUCCCAGUAUCCUCCAUAGCCAUGGAGAUCAGUUUUAAGCUGGAAGCUUCAGAAAUUAAAGCUGGUCUAGAAGUACAGAAUGGGCUGGAAAGCGGAUUUGUGAAGAAAGGUCAAUGAAUUUGUGGAUCUGAGAUAGAAGACACCAACAGGAAAUAUCAUAAUCAUGUAAAAAUAUGGGAAUGGUAAUUAUUAAAAGACUACCACUGCCCUCAAUCUGCAGACAAUUUGAAAUAUAGUCAGUCAGUAAACUUUUAUUAAGCGUUUAAUAUGUGUCAGGAGGCAAGAUUUAGGAGAAACCUCUAUCUGUUAAAAGAAGUUCUUUCUUUGUGUCACUACCAGGUAUUUCCCAAGGGAUAGUUAAGGCUUCUUCUGUAACUUAAAAAAAAAUAAGUCACUGGGCAUAUUUUGAUUGUUCCAGAAUCCUCCAUUCAAGUGAUUCACACAAAGUUAAAUUAUAGAGAAGAAAUUAAAACUUAGAUUUAAUUAAUAGAUCAAAAUAACAACAACAACCCUAAAAACCCAGGUACCAAUAGGUCACCUUAUUGUUGGCUUUCUGGGAUUUUAGAAUGUGUCAAGAAUAGACAGAAUGUAAGGGAAGGGGGCAAUGCUGGGAGAUCAACAGGAGAGAGAUAGACAGAGACAAGAGUGCUCAAGCCUUACCCUUAAAACAAAAUAUUUUAGUUCCCCACCAAAUUAUCUUCCCUGGCAAUCAAUAUGCAUAGUCCAUCAUAGCAGGAGAACCCCAAGGGCCAUUUAUCAGGUACAUUGAAUUACCAGUCAUAGGAACAUUUGUCCCUAGUACUCCAUGGAAGAUUGCUUUGAACAUCUAAGGUUGAACAUAUCUGUAAGUUACAUAAACAGAGAUAGUUUAAAAGCCAAAAUGACCCUGUAUUUCUGUUUGAUCCUGUAUCUUGUUUUUAGUUUAUUAUAUACUGGUUAUUUUGAAGAUUUUCUUGUUAACAGUUUGGUGGCUCUGUUCACAAACCCCACUUUGAAGUGGUAAAGAAUAACAUCUCAGAAAAAGCCAGGUGCCAACAGAAAGGAUCAUUUUAAAUAUCUGUGGACAGCACCCAUAUCUUGUUAGGUAGAGAAAAUAUUUUAUUUCUAGUGGUUAAGAUACACAUAAAAAUCCAAAUGUUGAUUGACAAGCUUUUUUUCCCCUUGUUUUUGGGGGAGUGGUUGAUUUAAAAUUUGCUUACAGUGUAAAUCUGUGUUCAUCUUCAAACGUCUCAUCAUAAUUCUCCCCCACUAAAAAAAUCUGCCCAUCAUCAAGGAGCCAAGGCAGACAAAUGCUAAACAGGGAAAGAAUUACGCACGUUGUCCAUAUUUUUUGAAACCACUGUUCUUUUUUAGCUUCAAUCUUCACUGAGUGAUUUUUUUUUUUUUUUGCUUUUCCCAUAUUUAGAUUUUUUAAAAAAAAUCAUUCAGUUGAUGACCCAGAGGAAAACAUUAGGGUUCCAAACGGCACUUGUUCUGCCUAUUAGCAUCCAACUCCCUAUUUCAAGAUAGUGCAGAAAUUCUGGAAUCAUCUUUAAUGUACAGAUCGUCUUCUGCUAAUUUUAGCUCAAAGGAACACAUGACACAAAAAUUACAGCAACUACAGACAGCCUUAACUUUGGAAUCAUGUAUAAUUCACUGCAAUUAUCAAUCCACUUAACACUUCAGAAUUUUCUCACCCAUUGCCUCAUAUGAGGUUCGGUGAAUUGUAAGAAAAUGAGGCAAAUAGGAAACAAAUCAAUAGAUUUCUUUAGAAACAGAGCUAAAAUAUAAGUUUAUGCAUACUGAUCACAGACCAUAAGAAUGCUAAUGGCAUUUUUGAACCUAAGAUCAUAAAGCUCUGUGUCCUCUCCCUUGAACACAGUCCUAAUAUUAGAGUCAAUAGGUUCACUCCUUCUCAUAUCAUCUUUCUCUGAUGUUGUGGUCUGUAUUAUAAGUAGCUGAUAAUGAUGGAUGGAAGGUAGAAAGGAAGAGAGACAGAAAGAAAAAGAGGGAGGGAAGUAGAAAGGAAGGAAUGAAGGAAGGAAGAAAAAAAGGAAGAGUUUUAAAAAGUGUUGACAGUCUGGAGAAUUAAUAUUCUUUUUGCUCUCCACUGAUCCACAUGAUCAUAUCUAAUCUACUAGACAGAUGGAUAAAAUCACUCCAAGAAUAUUUUAAAUUCUGCUUUGUCAAAAUGUAUAGAACAUAUAGGCCAUUUAGAGUAUCAUCUCUUUCAACUCAGGGAAGAAGGUGGGAGAGAAAAUAAAUGCUUGUUAAUUGAAAAAGAAAAAAAAAAGAAAAAAGGUUUUUUUUAAAGGACGAUCUCCCAUUUCAGUUCUCCCGGCCCUUCAAAAGGCAGCCAUCUUUACAAUUCUUUGUUCAAGUACAAUAGAGAUGAAAAACGAUUAAUUGUAUAAUUGUUAUAGGUGGCCUUAGCCAAGCAUCCAGUUGACUUUUUAAGAACAAGUUCCCUUUUGAAAAGGAUGUCAUCUCUGUUAUUUAAGUUAGAAAUAUACCCAAAAGAGAUAAUUAAAGGUAUUUCUUUGGCUCUGACUACCUUGGACUCAAUAGAGAGAUUAUGAACUCUUCAAGAUUAGUCUUCUAGUGUAUUGAUCUUUAAUUCAAAAGAAUUCAAGACUUUAUGGAAAAAAAUCUCAAUACUAUGUUGAAAAGCAUAUUUUAUUCCUUCUCAAUAAGGAAAAUAUGGUUUAUGGGUUGUUUGAUUUAGUGAAAUCAGGGUCAGUUAUCGUCAGUCUUAUUGGGUGUUCACUUAUUUGAACAAGCUAUGUAGCACAGCAUAACUGAACCUAUGUAGCUGAAAUUAUUAAUACUAUUAUCAUCAAUACUAACAGGCAUCCUUGGCCACAGUUUCUAAGUAUAUCAUCUAUGGGGAGAUGAUUCUAAUUGUCAUUGUCAAGCACAUAUUUUCUGCAUGAAUAUAAAACAAGUCUACUAUUUAGGGAAACACACACAUACAUAUAAAAUAGUACCACCUUGGUCCACAAUAAGAUAAUAAAUUAGUAAAGAAAGUUAUUGAAGUUACUAAGUAAUUUCUAUGUUAUUACAUAGCUUGACAAUAACUAGACCAGUCAAAUUUAGGUUUUUAUUUACACAAAAGAUUGUCAGAACAUGUUGUAAACAAAUUAUAUGGUCUUAUACAAUCUAAUGAAAGCUGUAAAUCAGGGAGAGGGAAUUAAUAUUGGCAAGUAUUUAGAAGUCAUGAUUAUAGGAAGCGUGGCAUAAUUCCGUAGACUGCAACUUUAUUCAAAGGAAUUCUUAUUCAUGGCCAAUUAUAGCAUUAGAGCAAAUUUUACUUGGAGAGGGGGGCUCUGUCUCACUUCUUGUAAAUUGGCCUUAGUUGGUUUACACAGGUCAAAUUUGUAAAUAGGCUAUUAUUAUGACUCAGAAGGAGCCAUAGUUAGUUACCUGGCCUUGGGACAAGAGUGAAUACUAUGGACACAGAUGGAUAUUCACUAACAAAACUGAAUGAAAAAAAUUCCUUCUUGAAAAAUCUCAUUUCUUUACACAGAUGACCAUGUGCAAAGCAAAAGGGAGACCUGGGGUUAGUCACAGACCUAAAAAUUCAUGUAUGUUACCUUUGAACUUUGGUAGGACUGGGUUCUGUCAUUAUCUUCAAGUUAUCGAUGAAAGAUAAAGGCUAGUCUUAACUAAUUAGGCCCAGGCUUGUCCCAUGUCGCUUUUCAUCCUAUCACGCUUUAUGUUGGGAAUCAACCAAUAUGACUUGUUACAUUCUCCUUUCCUCAGCCCUUCUGCCCUCAACUAUAAAUGGGACACAUUUCAGAGAUUGUGUAAAAGAUAAAGAAAUUCUUCAUAUAAAUCAGCCAUAUUCUUACUCACAGUAUAGCAACAUUCUCCCAGAUUCCUUUGCUUGAUUUCUCAUUGACUAACAACUUUUGGUGAAUUUGCUCAGCUUUUCAGUCAUUUCUUUUAGCAUAUUAAUGGAGUUCCCUUUCUGUAAUCUUUUAAAAAGUUACUGCAAACUUGAAGUCAAUAGUGGAAGCCUAGAGAAUGCUCCUAUGAGAAUAACUUUCAAUCCAUAGUUGAAACCCAACCCCAUCCCCCACUCAUUCUUGGGCAAGUAUUAAGGCCUUUAUUCAGUAGCAAUGAUUUUGGUUCCCACUUUUCAGGGAAGGGAAUUUUCUGCCUCUGUAUGCCAUAAGACAAACUAUUAAUGUCAUGUGACUUAGCAAUUGGAAUAGCUAGUCAGAAAUCUGUGAAAAACCUGUGUAACUGGGUCUCACUAUAUGGCUUCUUAGAAAAUUGACAUAAGCUAUCUUCUGCCAAAGCUUCUUUCAUUGAAUCCUAACCCACAUUGAAAGUUGUUCAGCCGCCAGAGCCAAGGGGCUAUCUCUUGUUUCGUUUUGAAUUGUGGCAUCCUCUCUUUCUCCUUAUUCUCAUCCCUGUGUUUACAUCUUUCAGCUACCUUCAUGAUCUUAGACCUUUAGAACUAAAGACGCUUCCAGGAAAAUAAGCAUUUUCAUACUCAACAAAAUCCAUUGUGAUUAACACUUUUCAAAAUAUUGUAUAUUGUUUCAUUAAACUUAACAUUAAAUGUUUGCUUUUCCAAAUUUUGCUCUGUUCUAUUUUUGCACAAUUGUAGCACUGUAUAUUUUAUCUGAACUUUCUGUGCCAAAAAAGUUCAUUUUAUGUUUCCAUAGCAUAUGAUUGUGAUUAUAUCUCUAAAACAAAACAUCAGUUAAUGUAUCAAUAGGAAUGAAUGUGUAAAAUGUAAAGCUGAUGUUCUUUUUUUUUUUUUUUUUUUUUUGAAGAGUUAAAAGGAAUGUGGGCUAAUCGUAGUAAGUUAUAUUCUUCCCAAUCUUAUUUAAAUACAUGUGAUUUUGGCAGUUAUUUACCCUAUAAUAAAUGCUUUAUUAUGGACAAAUGUCAGUCUCUGACAUCUCUAAAUUCUGACACAUGGCUUAUUUUUUAAUAAUGCCAAAAAUGGAAGUUUGGGGAUUUUACCCAUAAACAUCCAAAAGGAACAACUUCCCAACCAAUCCAAUCGCUUUUAAAAUCAUUUUUUUUUAAAAAAGCAAUAAUUAUAUAUAAUAACAAAUGAUUGCUCUACUAGCUUGUAUGAACAGUUAUUGUCUGAAAAGGUUGGCUUAGUAGUCAUUAAAGGUCCUGUACUUAAUCUUUUUAACUGAUCUAGAUACUCAAGGAGAAGCACUAGAAUUUUAAUGUUAUUUUAUCAUGUUUGGAAAACCACUAUCUUGGUCAUAUCCAACCACCUUGGAGCAUGUUUUGUUUUUUCAUUAGUCCUACUUCCUAUCUGCAUGAAAAGAAUGGAAAAUACCAUUGCUCCAGGUUCAACUUGGAAAAAUUAAAUUAGAGCUGGGGCAGAAUUCAUGAACACAAAGCACUCAGGAUAAUCAGGAUGACAUAUAGUCAAAAAUAACAACUUAUAGAGAGGCCAUCAGAGUUGCUGCCAGUUAAAGAAAAGUGAAAGCUCUUACAUGCAUUUCUGCAAAAUAAAAUGUAUUCUCAUUAGCUAGAAUUCUUCUUGGAAAGAAUUUAUUCACCUAUGUAUCAAUAAUAUAUUAGCCAUCACUGGAAUUAUCCCUUGAAGAGUAGAUACUGCUUAACUUCUUAGACAGGCAUAUCAAAGAAGGUAGUCUUAAAAAACACCAAUUUGAAAAAGAUAAGUCCCAAGAAGUGUUGAUUGUUGAGUGCAACAGGAAAGGAUUAUCAUUGGUCUGGACCCAAACCUGCAGGCAGUUGGCCAAACCAGGGUUAUCUAUUGAUUGGGCUCUUGUUAGUUGAAUGUCAUUGGUAAGAAUGAUCAUUUUUAUUCUAAGUAUGUAUAUAAGGCAUACAGAUAUGCAUUUAUGUUCUGGAAUGUGUAGUAUUAUUUUAACUCAUCUUCUGUUACGGUUUACAUAAUAGAAUUUUUAAACAAAUGUAUUUAAUUUUCUAAAAAGAAAUUGUAUUAAAUAUUUCUUUUGAAGUAAGCUGUGGUAAUUUUGUUAUAAUCCAGUUGAAAAUAUGCCUCUUUAUGAUAAUAAAAUAAAAAUAGUGACAUUUUUUAAAUUAGAA